GGUAAAGUUAUGGUACCAAAUUGAGACGAUUUAAAGUUACGGGACCAAAAUGAAAUUCAAAAAUAAGUUGAGGGACCAAAGCAUGUAUUAAGCCUAAAAAGAUGACAUAAUUACAACUAAGUCAUCUUUUUAUAUACUAUAUCAAUUUUUGUCCAAAUUACUUACUGUGAUUACUACUUAAUGAAUAUUUCAAAUUAGGAUUGCAGCUUAAGUAUUACAUACGGUUCAAAAGUCUUGGUCUUCCCUUAUAAAAAAAUAAAAUUGCAACCACAAAAAUUCUUCUUAGCGGAGUGCCUCAUACGGUUGAAGAAAAGCACCCCUUACUAUAAAACAAUAGCAUGCCAAGACUUACUCGGUUAUGUUUCCUAUAUAAAUACCUAGAGUGUAAUGGAUUGGUACAUACAACAUCAUCAACUAAAAAAGAAAGAAUAUUGAUAAUAGAGUAUAAGUCUAAGUCGUUCUAAAUGGGGUCCUUUUUUACCUUUCACUUGUUCUUGUUGUUGUUGCUUACUCAUUUUACUUCCCACACUUUCUCAUUGUGCAACCAACAUGAUACAUCUGCCUUGUUACAUUUCAAAAACUCAUUUUCUUUCAACACUUCAUCGAAAUCCGAUAUACAUUUUUGGCCUAGAUGUUCCACUUUUUCUUUCAAGAUAGAAUCUUGGAAAAAUAAUACAGAUUGUUGUGGGUGGGAUGGUGUCACGUGCGACUCCAUGUCAGAUCAUGUGAUUGGUCUGGACCUCAGUUGCAGCAAUCUGAAUGGUGAAUUACAUCCCAAUAGCACAAUCUUCCAGCUUAGACACCUUCAACAACUCAACUUGGCUUUUAAUAAUUUUUCUGGGUCUUUAUUGCAUGUUAGUAUUGAUGAUUUAGUGAAUCUCACACAUCUAAAUCUAUCACACUGUUCCCUCGGUGGUAAUAUUCCCUCCACAAUCUCUCAUUUGUCAAAAUUAGUAUCACUUGAUCUCAGCAGUUAUUAUGAUUGGCAUAUGGGAUUGAAACUCAAUCCAUUGACAUGGAAGAAACUCAUUCAUAAUGCUACUAAUUUAAGGGAGCUUUCUUUAGGUUGUGUGAACAUGUCCUCUAUUAGAGCGAGCUCUUUAUCUAUGCUAAAGAAUUUGUCAUCCUCUUUGGUUUCUCUUGGUCUAGGAGAAACUGGGUUGCAAGGAAAUUUGUCAAGUGACAUCCUCUCUUUACCUAAUCUCCAAACACUAGAUUUAUCAUCUAAUAAAUAUCUGAGCAGUCAACUUCCGAAAUCCAACUGGAGCACUCCUUUGAGGUACUUGGACCUCUCUCGCACCCCUUUCUCAGGUGAAAUUCCUUAUUCCAUAGGCCAGUUGAAGUCUCUAACUCAAUUAGACCUUGAAAUGUGCAAUUUUGACGGGUUGAUUCCUCCAUCUUUGGGGAACCUCACUCAACUCACAUCCUUGUUCUUUCAAAGCAACAAUCUUAAAGGUGAGAUCCCAUCAUCACUUUCAAAACUUACACACCUCACUUACUUUGAUCUUCAGUAUAAUAACUUUAGCGGUAGCAUCCCAAAUGUUUUUGAAAAUUUAAUCAAAUUAGAAUAUUUAGGAUUCUCCGGUAAUAAUCUAAGUGGCCUAGUUCCAUCAUCACUGUUUAAUCUGACUGAGCUUUCUCAUCUAGAUUUAACAAAUAAUAAAUUAGUAGGUCCUAUUCCAACUGAAAUCACUAAACAUUCAAAAUUAUAUCUUCUAGCAUUGGCUAAUAAUAUGUUAAAUGGAGCAAUUCCACCCUGGUGUUAUUCCUUGACUUCAUUGGUAGAAUUGGAUCUUAAUGACAACCAACUAACAGGUUCGAUUGGUGAAUUCUCGACUUAUUCCUUGAUAUAUCUAUUUCUCUCUAAUAACAACAUAAAAGGUGAUUUUCCAAAUUCAAUAUAUAAAUUACAAAAUCUUUUUGACUUAGGAUUGUCAUCAACCAACUUGAGUGGUGUUGUGGACUUUCACCAAUUUUCAAAUUGUAAGAAGCUAUUUUUCCUUGAUCUUUCCCACAAUAGUUUGCUUUCUAUCAAUAUUGAAAGCAGAGUUGACUCCAUCUUACCCAACCUUGGGAUAUUAUAUUUAUCUUCUAGUAAUAUUAGUAGUUUUCCUAAAUUCUUAGCACAAAAUCAAAAUCUGGUAGAAUUAGAUCUCUCUAAAAACAAAAUUCAAGGGAAAGUUCCUAAAUGGUUUCAUGAGAAGCUCUUACACACAUGGAGGGACAUUCAACAUGUUGAUCUCAGUUUCAACAAGUUGCAAGGAGAUCUUCCAAUCCCACGUUAUGGCAUUUACUACUUUUUACUCUCGAACAACAACUUCACAGGAAACAUUGAUUUUUCAUUGUGCAACGCAAGUUCCCUGAAUGUGCUCAAUUUGGCUCACAACAAUUUAACUGGCAUGAUUCCACAAUGCUUGGGAACAUUUCCUUCUCUUUCGGUAUUGGAUAUGCAAAUGAACAACCUCUAUGGACACAUUCCUAGAACCUUCUCCAAAGGAAAUGCAUUUGAGACAAUAAAGUUGAAUGGAAACCGAUUGGAAGGACCAUUACCACAGUCUUUGGCUCACUGUACAAAACUCGAAGUUUUGGACCUUGGAGACAACAACGUAGAGGAUACUUUUCCCAAUUGGCUUGAAACUCUACAAGAAUUACAGGUGCUCAGUUUAAGAUCAAAUAAACUUCAUGGCGCAAUCACAUGCUCUAGCACCAAACAUCCAUUUCCCAAGUUGAGAAUUUUUGAUGUCUCUAACAACAAUUUUAUUGGGCCCUUGCCAACAUCGUGCAUCAAGAAUUUUCAAGGAAUGAUGAAUGUGAAUGACAAUAACACUGGUUUGCAAUACAUGGGUAAGUCCAAUUACUAUAAUGAUUCUGUGGUGGUCGUAGUAAAAGGACUUUCUAUGGAGCUAACAAAGAUAUUGACCACGUUCACAACUAUUGAUUUAUCAAAUAACAUGUUUGAAGGAGAAAUUCCACAAGUCUUUGGAGAAUUGAUUUCUCUCAAAGGCCUUAACCUUUCAAACAAUAAAAUCACAGGUACAAUUCCUUAUUCUUUGAGUAGUUUGAGAAAUCUAGAGUGGUUAGACCUCUCAAGGAACCAAUUGAAGGGUGAGAUUCCUUUGGCUUUGACAAAUUUGAAUUUUCUCUCUUUCUUGAAUCUUUCACAAAACCACCUUGAGGGAAUCAUACCUACAGGUCAACAGUUUGGUACAUUUGGAAAUGAUUCCUUUGAAGGAAAUACAAUGUUAUGUGGAUUUCCAUUGUCAAAAUCAUGCAAAACUGAUGAAGAUUGGUCGCCAUAUUCAACAUCUAAUGAUGAAGAGGAAUCUGGAUUUGGCUGGAAAGCAGUGGUAAUAGGAUAUGCAUGUGGAUCCGUAGUUGGGAUGCUUUUGGGAUUUAAUGUGUUUGUAAAUGGGAAACCCCGAUGGCUUUCAAGACUAAUUGAAAGCAUAUUUAGCGUAAGACUACAAAGAAAAAACAACAGAGCUGGUGCAAAUCGCAGAAGAACGAAUUAGUUUCAUGUGGCGUUGUGUAAUUAUAUUCAUUUAUAUACAUAUACUGAUACACACGUGUUUGAAACUAAUUUCUACUUCUCUGUGAGGAAUGUAGUAUCAUAUGUCUU